GGACCCCCCCACCGACACGGGGCGCGGCCGGACACGCGUGGCCAACCAGCGCAUCCACGGGGGGGCCGCUCGGAGCUGCGGGCUCCGCUCCGCUCCUUUGUCCCCUCCUCCUCCUCCUCCCGAGCCACCACCGGCCGUGGCACCGGCGGUGGCUCCCGGUGCUGGCCCCGGUGGCCUCAUGCACCGAUCGCCGCCGCCGUGCCCCUCACCAUGCCCGAACCGCCGGAGCCGGAGCGAACCCGGCGGGGCCCGGCCGGGGAGGAGCGAACGGAACCGGCGGCGCCCACCGGGGUGUUGGAUAAACUCUUCGGGAAGCGGCUGCUCCAGGCCGGGCGCUACAUCAUGUCCCACAAGGCCUGGAUGAAAACGGUGCCCACCGAGAACUGCGACGUGCUCAUGACAUUCCCGGACAGCACGGAUGACCACACGCUGCUGUGGCUGCUGAACCACAUCCGCCUGGGCAUCCCCGAGCUCAUCGUGCAGGUGCGGCACCACAAGAACACGCGCGCCUACGCCUUCUUCGUCACCGCCACCUACGAGAGCUUGCUGCGCGGGGCGGACGAGCUGGGGCUGCGCAAGCCGGUGAAGGCGGAGUUCGGGGGCGGCAUGCGCAGCUUCUCGUGCGAGGAGGAUUACAUCUACGAGAACAUCGAGAACGAGCUCGGCUUCUUCAGCUCCCAGGAGCGGCAGAACAUCAUCCGGUACUGGCUGGAGAACCUGCGGGCCAAGCAGGGAGAGUCCCUGCACAACAUCCACUUCCUGGAGGGGCAGCCCAUCAUCCCCGAGCUGGCCGCACGGGGGGUGAUCCAGCAGCUGUUCCCGCUGCACGAGCAGAGGAUCCUCAAGCGCCUGAUGAAGUCCUGGGUGCAGGCGGUGUGCGAGGCGCAGCCCCUCGAUGAGAUCUGUGACUAUUUUGGGGUGAAGAUCGCCAUGUAUUUCUCCUGGCUGGGUUUCUACACCUCGGCCCUGCUGUACCCGGCCGUGUUCGGCUCCGUGCUCUACGGCUUCACCGACAGCGACCAGACCAGCCAGGACAUUUCCUGCGUGCUCUUCGCGCUGUUCAACGUGCUCUGGGCCACGCUCUUCCUGGAGGAGUGGAAGCGCCGCGGCGCCGAGUUCGCCUACAAGUGGGGAACGCUGGACACGCCCGGGGAGUCCCUGGAGGAGCCCCGGCCCCAAUUCCGGGGCACCAAGCGCAUCAGCCCCGUGACCAGCUCCGAGGAGUUCUAUUACCCGCCCUGGAAGCGCCUCCUGUUCCAGAGCCUCGUCAGCCUCCCCCUGUGCCUCGCCUGCCUCGCCAUCGUCUUCGUCCUCAUGCUGGGCUGCUUCCAGCUGCAGGAGUUUGUGCUCAGUGUCCCCGAGCUGCCGCGCAUCCUUCGCUUCCUGCCCAAAAUCAUCCUGGCUGUCAUUGUCACCGCCUGUGACGAGCUCUACAAGAAAGUGGCCUUGUGGCUCAACGACAUGGAGAAUUAUCGGCUGCAGAGCGCCUACGAGAAACAUCUCAUCAUCAAAAUCGUCCUGUUCCAGUUCGUCAACUCCUACCUGAGCCUUUUCUACAUCGGAUUCUACCUCAAGGACAUGGAGCGCCUCAAGGAGCUCCUGCUCAUCCUGUCCCUGUCGCAGAGCCUCGCGCGGCAGCUCCGGGAGGCUCUGCUCCCCUCCAUCCUCCUCCACCUCCACCUGUCCCUCAUCUUCCUCAGGCGCCUCCUGCGCUUUUGCUGGACCCUGGGAGUAUCCAAAAUGCUGGCCACGCUGCUGAUCACCCGCCAGUUCCUGCAGAACGUGCGCGAGGUGUCGCAGCCCCACCUGUACCGGCGCCUCCGCCGCGGCGACCUCACCGUGCGCAACCUCCGGCAGCUCGCCCGAGCCCUGCUCUGCCUGCUCGCCCCUCGGCGACCCCCGCAGCCCCCUCCGGAGGGACCGCGCGGCGAGAAGAAAUGUCUGAACGGGGGGUGCGGAGUGCCCGAGGAGGAGGAGGAGGAGGAGGAAGAGCGGAGAGGUUCGGAGGAGGAGGAGGAGAGCGCGCUGGAUUGCGGGCUGAAGCUGAAGAAGGUGAGCUUCAUCGAGCGUGGCGAGCGGCGAGCAGAGCCCGCUGGCCCCGAGGAUGAGCCCUUCCUGGAGGAGGGCAGCCCCACCAUGGUGGAGAAGGGCAUGGACCCCGCCGCCGUGUUCGAGAUGUGCGAGGAGGAGGAGGAGGAUGAGGCCGAAGCGCAGCCCGGGAGUCCCGGCGGGGCGGAGGAGCCCGCGGGGGUGGCGAGGAGGAGGAGGAGGGAGGAGGAGGAAGGAGAGGAGGAGGGGAGGAAGCGCAACCGAGCCUCGUGGAUUGACCCCCCCGAGGAGGAUUUCUCCACGCAGCUGACGCAGGCCGAGGUGGAGAGCUGCAUGAAGAAGUACGAGGACACGUUCCAGGACUACCAGGAGAUGUUCAUCCAGUUUGGCUACGUGGUGCUCUUCUCCUCGGCCUUCCCGCUGGCCGCCAUGUGCGCCCUGCUCAACAACGUCAUCGAGAUCCGCAGCGACGCCUUCAAACUCUGCACGGGGCUGCAGAGACCCUUCGGCCAGCGCGUCCCCAGCAUCGGCCAGUGGCAGAAGGUGAUGGAGGCCAUGGGCGUGCUGGCCAUCGUGGUCAACUGCUACCUGAUAGCCCAGUGUGGGCAGCUGCAGAGGCUGUUCCCGUGGCUCAGCCCCGAGGGAGCCAUCGUGUCCGUGGUGGUGCUGGAGCACCUGGCGCUGCUGCUCAAGUUCGUGAUCCAGGCGGCGAUUCCCGACAUCCCGGCCUGGGUGGCCGAGGAGAUGGCCAAGCUGGAGUACCAGCGCCGAGAGGCCUUCAAGAAGCACGAGCGGCAGGCCCAGCACCACUUCCAGCAGCAGCAGCGCCGCAAGCGCGAGGAGGAGGAGCGGCAGCGACACGCGGAGCUGCAGGCGCGACGCGACCGCGACCCCGCCCGCGACGAGGCCACCAAAUCCGAGACCACCGGGCAGGACCCGGCCCACGACAAGAGCCAGCCCAAGGGGAAAAGCUCCGGAGCCUCCUCCUCGCACGGCUCGGACAAACCCAAACGGCCCAGCUCGCUGCUGGCCACCAACAACGUGAUGAAGCUGAAGCAGAUCAUCCCCCUGCAGGGCAAAUUCCUGUCGGGUGGCGCGGCCGCGGGUGGCACUGCCACCUCCAGGUCGCCUCAGUCGCCCACGGGCACUGAGAACAAACUGCCGGCGUUCCUGAGCUUCAAAUUCCUCAAAUCGCCCGAGACUAAGCGGGACGCGGGCGGCACCGAGAAGGUGCAAUCGCCCACCAAGCCCUUCAACCCCGGCAAGCUUUUUAAUUUUGGCAAAUCCGAAGGGCUCGGGGCCAACGGGGGAGGCACCGGAGCGUCCCCGCAGCCCCGGGCCGGGCCCUCGGCGGACGCGGGGACGGGGAAGGCGCAGCUCAACGAGGAAGGGGCGAGGGAGGAAGCGGAGAACCGGCAGGAGGAGGAGGGCGGCGGUGCCCGGCUCUGACCGGGGGCUCCCGGGGCUCCGGGGGAACGGGAGGAACCGGGAGGGGGGAAAGGAGAGCGGCGGUGCUCGGUUCUGAGCCGGGAUACGAGGGA